AUGGCCCAAGAGUCUGCCAGGCUUCUGCAGGUGCUGUUUGCGCUGCAACGCUGCUUUCGCGCGGCAUCAUCGACGUGGUCCCACGGCUGCCUGGAGAGCACUCUGGUGAAGGCGGAGCGACAGAACACGUCCUCACCACUGAUUCCUGCGCAGCUUUGCUGGCCCUCCGCGGCUAAGCAUGGUUGGUCAGAUGUGUUCGCCACGCUGCGAGCGGCUCUGCACUCGCCGUUGGCGUUACGGAAUACUGCCCAAGUGAUCAACACCUGGAUCUACGAGCUAAACGAGCUGAAGCUGAGGGAUCCCUGGGCGGCCUCAUCCAUGUCCCACAUGCGACUGCCGCGUACCGCUAUGGGCAACCAUCCGUCCUUGCACCGGGGCGAUUUCGAGGCCAUGGGUUCCGAGCAUCGGGGCACAACGUUGGUUCGGCUGCUUCGCGAGACCUACCAGUCCAGGCAGGAUGACAGGAACGGUCUGGUUCUGGUCGAGCUGGGAACCUUUGAGGCAGAGCUGACAAGAUACCUUGCAAAGUACGGAUCUGGCUACCUUUCCGAGAUCCACACAGUGGAUUGUUACGAUGAGGCUGCGGAUAUCGUUUUCGUAGAUGCCGAUCAUUUCUACGAGCCCGUGAAGGCAGACAUCAAGGCUUGGUGGCCCAAAGUCUCUCCUGGUGGGAUACUGUCAGGCCACGACUUCCGCUUCGGAGUGGGAGGGGCCCGCGAGGCCGUCCUGGAGUUGUUGGGGAACCGCCAAAUCUUCCUCGAUUCGGACGCGGUUUGGUGGACACGCUUCUAA